AUGUUGACCAAACUCCCCGAGACACCUGACAAUGGAGAAAGUCAUGGUUUCGAAAAUGCCGAGGAGAUCUCGCGCGUAAUCGAUUCAUAUUCUUCACAGUUAUGGGACAUAAACCAGAAGAUUCAUCAGAAUCCAGAACUCGGGUAUCAGGAGAAGUUAGCCCACGACAACAUCACGUCGAUGCUCGAAGAUUUGGGCUUCAAAGUAACCAGGCACGCUUACGGCCUUGAUACAUCAUUCGUUGCAGAGGCCGGUGAGGGCGGCCGGGUGGUAGCUUUCAACGCGGAGUAUGAUGCUCUUCCCGGAAUUGGCCAUGCCUGUGGGCACAACUUAAUUGCCAUGAUGUCUAUCGGAGCCUUCCUUGGAGUUGCCAAAUCUCUUGACCAGCAACAGAUUCCAGGGCGCGUCCGCCUGGUUGGAACACCAGCCGAGGAGGGCCUUGGAGGCAAAAUUCCAAUUAUCGAAGCCGGGGCCUAUAAGGAUGUUGAUGCUUGUAUGAUGGUGCACCCUGGUCCUUUCACCGAAUGUCCGGGCUUCACAGGAGAUGCGUACAUGCCUACCCUUGCAAGUCUGAAGCUCACCGUUCGUUUCACUGGAAAGACCGCGCAUGCCGCCAUGGCACCUUGGGAAGGAGUAAAUGCUCUUGAUGCUGCUGUCCUAUCCUACAACAGCAUAGGGGUUUUGCGCCAACAAAUCCAUCCUUGCAAUCGCGUGCACUGUAUCAUCUCCGACGGUGGACUGCGGCCGAAUAUUAUCCCUGGCUCUUCUGCAUUGGAUUGCUACAUCCGGUCCCCUACACUGGCAAUGGCGGAGGAGCUUUUCAAGAGAGUGAAAAAUUGCUUUGAGGGGGCAGCUUUACAAGCUGGUUGCACCUUGGAGAUUCAGAUGCACAAUGCCUACGCUGAUCUGCGACCCAACAAGGCCCUGGCAACAGCGUAUUCGCAAGCAAUGUCCCAAAUGGGAAUCGAGGUCCGAUGUGAUCUGAGCUCAUCUGGAGUUCCUGGAUCAACAGACCAAGGAAAUGUAACUUACGAGUGCCCGGGAAUUCAAGCAUAUGUUGGCGUCCAUGCCGCGCCCGGGGCGAAUAACCACACUGCUGGGUUUACUGCAGUAGCAGGAACCAGGGAGUCUCAUGAUCUCUGCCUUCAUGCAGCGAAGGGAAUGGCCAUCGCGGGUGUGGGCGUCCUGAGGAGUGAGGGCCUUGCUGAAAAGGUGAAAUUGGACUUCGAGGACGACAAGAAGCGACGCUCUCUGCCCUCAACAUCCAGGAUGUUUGAUUCGAAUGCGGGAUUUUGCUAG